AUGGGUUGUGAACCACCAACAUAUCUUUCUUACUUCUCUAUGAUUGCAUCACUAUGCCUCUCGUGCAUUACCAUCGCGGGGAACCUUUUGGUCUUGUUAGCAGUUUAUCAAGACCCUUACAAAGAACUGCACAAACCUUUCACUGUCUUAAUCGCUAAUAGUCCAUGAGCCAAAUCCUGAAAUGCGGCUAGAAAUCAAUUUUCGUAGUACCCCCCGUAAGAUAUAGUGUAUUUGGUAUCAAAUGAAAGCUUAUUGUGUAUACUUUAAUAAUAUACUUGUUACUUUUUAUGUAACCUGAGCGUAAGCGAGAAAAUCAACUUUUCCCAAGGGGGGGGGGGCAAGGACAAUUUGCACUUGUAAACCCAUAAAAACUAUGAAUAGGGAAUUAUUUGCACAAAUACCAAAUGUUUUUACCCCAAACUUAACAAAAAAAUUAAUGCUCGUAAUACUGUUGGAAUGUUACGUAUAAAACAUGGUUUUGGGAGUUGCCAUGGCAACUGUUUUUGUCCAAAUAGUGAAUUACAGAAUUGUCAUCUUCACUGGCCAAAUUUCACUGUGAGUGUAAUUUUGACAAAAAAACGCGAAGAAGUUAAGAAUGCAUCUUUUAAAAUCAGGCAUUUCUUGCGCAUCCUUUGCCAUAAUUAUCGCAGAAAAAUAAGAUAAAUGUAAAUUAAACUUUGGGGUGGGGGUGGGGGAGGGGUUGGGGCUGGCUGGAAGAUAACGGAAGUACCUUUAUUACACACUCAAAAUACUCAUACUAUUCAUUUGACAACUGAAAUGCGUUUGCAUUAAAACUCACUAACAAUGUUUCUCUCGUAGUCACUAAGAGGUGUACCAUGUAAUUUUACUGCCUCAACUGUUGCCAUGGCAACGUUUGUGCGCUAAACGUUUAGAAGCAUAGAUAGUAGACUUUGUAAUUGAUGAAAACAGUAGCAUUUGCGUCGUUUGUGUCUUUAAGACUAGGUGUUACAUUUAACACAGGUCUUUUACUACACCCUUAUUAGGUACAUUUGAAGAGAGACAUUGUACAUUCUCAUUUGAACUCGUGAGUCAAAAUAAUAUCAAAUAUGUUUAAAACCAAUGUGUUGCUAUUAACAUACUUUGUUCUCAUCGUUUAUAAGAUAAACUGUGUGGAAAUAGUAAUGUACAUGGUUAAUUACACUUUCAAUACAGUGUGUUCUAAACCAAUGUGUUGCAAAUAGCAUUCUUUGUUUUCGUGGCCGGCUUACAGGAAAAAGAAAUCCCAGGUUAGCUUUCAUAUUCAUCACUGUCAAUAUCAUCAUCGCUAUCAUCAUCUUCGCUAUCGUCCUUGCUAAUACAGUUAAGGCAGUUAUCUUGGCAUGUGCAUGCCUCCGUGCAGGGAAGGCCAUUGCUGACACAAGAACAGCGUCGUGUUUGGCACGAUCCUUUGCAGCGGCAGCAAAUAAGUUCCAUGACCGCUUGAGUGGCAGGUGCCUGGUUAGUCCAGUAGAUUUCCAAUUGGCCAUUCUUCUGUUGCCAACCCUGGCCAUCAGGAGACUGGUUGACUUCUGUUUGUAGGGCAUGCUUCCAGAUGAAUGACUAGUAGUUAGCACGCUUGAGAUGGUUUUCAAGAGCUUCUUUCUUAGGGGGAAGUUGAUGUGACUGCAGGCUUUUACUCUUGCAAAACAACUUGUACCUGAGUUCGUUUACACUUUGGCAUAGGUGGUCGUUGUAUAAGGCACAGACAAACCGUUCUAGCUUGUUUAAGUCAUCUUGUCCGGCAGGAACUCUCUCACCAAGACUGCCAAGAGUUUGCCUCAAAGCUGGAUUCAUCUGUACAACAUCAAGCCCUUCUUCUUCCCUUUUGUUGAAAAAGCGCUCACACUAUUGCAACCAGUUAUGGCAUGGAGACUUGGAAGUAUUUCGCAUAUUUCUCGGCCAAGUCUUUCACAUACCCGUCGAAUGCUAACAAUGCGAGAUCUUCUACUAGUACCACUGAUCAGAAUUAUGUCAGCAGAAAUGACGGCUUGGUAAUAGCAGGCUAGUACUUCUACAUCUGUGUCAGAGGACUUAAUGACAAUGCGCUGGUGUCCAUUUUGAGAUGCAUGUUCUGCAUGGAGGAACAUUCUAGUGUCAGCUUCCUCUUGAUUGGUGCAAAGUUCAGGCACAUCGCUUGCAGUAGUUGAACCAUUUGGGGCGACAAGUUUGGUGCAGUUGUCUCCGUGAGUGACAAAGGAGGUGCGGUCUUUAAUUUUCUGUGCGUACACGGCAUUUUCUGACCACUCCCGUACAAGGAAGCUUAGGAGGUUAGUUUUAUUUUUACCAUUUGCCAGAAACUUUCUCCACUGACGUGGGCACAGCUGUUGACCGUUGGUAACGUUGACUACCAGCUGUCCAUCUCUGCUUCGUUUGUUUCUUUCUGUGUUCUUUAUUGAGAUGGCCGGAUAUUGAUCUCCUACAAAGUCAAUUCUUGCUGCCUCGCCAGCUUCUGUCAGAAUUCUGGACAUCACCAUCUCUGCCAGCUCACAAAAUCUAUCAGGCACUCUGACUACUGUCUGUAGCAUCGCCAUUGUAUCUAUGAUGACAGCUGUAGUCUGAUCAGGUAAGCUCGGUAGGCAUUCUACACCAUUUUCGAGUAACACAGAAAGACUGGUUUUGUUUGUCUUGGCUAAUGAGCCAUCGGGUAAAGCUAAAGACCACGGGAGAGGGCCAAGCUCAUGAGACAGCAGACAUCUCAGGUCCAUCUGGCGGCUCUGUCCAAUGACAAGCAGGCGGGCAAAAAGGUUUCUGUCGGCUCUUAUCAUGACAUUCCUGUCUCCUCCUGUCACAGAAGGGAGUGUUUCAAAGAUUCCUGUUGAAUUUGUGAUUAUUCUUUCUUCUACAAACGCUGUUAAAGCUGUUGCUCCCUUCUCUUUAGCGUCAGAGGAAUCUUCGAGCUCUACUUUUUAAGCGAAAAACAAAAAAUAUUUAAAAAAAUAGUCAUAUAAGGACAGUUAUUCAUAUGGAAAAUUAACUUAGCAAUAAAACAAUGGAAUUCUUUACAGAUCACAGAAAAUGUACAGCUAAGCCAUUAAGCAAAAUAAUAAUAACAAAGUUACACUUCUGAUACUGAACAAAGGCUUCUGAAUACGGCCAGGUCAAAAACUUGCCCCACCCAUCCCCUCUUAAGACUACUUUUAACAUGGAAUAAGGAUUGAAAUAAUGCCAGAGACAAUCUAAUCUAAAUGAUAAGAGUCGCUUGCAACUAAUAAUGCUUUAUUAUUAUUAAAAUGCAGUUUCUGAAAUAAAAUCAAGUUAAUAAAUUUUAAUGUCUAUACUUGAAAUAGUUGCCUAGCAACAGUUGCCAUGCUAACACCCAAUUUGGGUUUUGACAAACAAGUGCACAUAACUUUAUCUUAAGAACACUUUUGGCUGUUUUCUUUUCAUAUCGGAUCAGACGGCUGGGAGAUAUUUGCUGUUUUCAAACUAAAAAUUAACUCUUGACAAAAAGUCAAACCACCCAUCCCCCUUGGAAGUAGUUGUUUUUCACGCUUACGCUCAAGUUACAUAAAAAGUAACAAGUAUAUUAUCAAAGUAUACACACUAAGCUUUCAUUUGAUACCAAAUACACUAUGUCUUAUGGGGGUGCUACGAAGACAUUUUUGAGGUGUCUUGGCUCAUGGACUAUAACCUGGCACUGGCAGAUUUGACCGCGGGCGCCAUAACAGAACCAAUGGCGGUGUACUUCACAUAUCAGGAAGUGCAAGGAAGUGUAGUAAAUGAUCUGGCCGUGUAUGUUACGCAUUUGAGCUAUUUCAUGUCAUGCACUACUUCAGUAUUAACCCUUAGUGUUCUUGCAAUUGAUAGAUAUCUAGCCAUAUCGUAUUCUUUGUGGUAUAAAUGUCAUGUCACUUUGUCUUGCACCAUAAAAAUCUGCAUGGCUUUAUGGAUCAUGUCUGUGCUAUUAUCACUGACAUACAUCAAGACAGGUUAUAUCAAUUUUGCGUUUGUUUUUGCCAACACAGCAGUGCUUAGUACAGCAUGUGUUCUAGUUUUCGCUUAUUACCGAAUAUUUAAAUCACUCAGGAUUCGCACGAUUCAAGUGGGAGUCUUACACGAGGGUAGAAGUCAACGGUGCGAAAGGCAGAAGUCACUGCUUUUAGAAAGCAAAUUAACCAAGCUAUACUUGAUGAUGUUGGGGAUAUUUUUGUUGUGUUUUGUCCCUUCUUGUUUGUUCAUCUAUGUUUUGUAUUGUUGUUCUCUGUGUGAUUGUUAUGUCAUUCACUGGUUGAGAGACAAGUUUCCUGCUCGUUUUAAGCAACAGCUCCCUAAAUCCAAUCUUGUACAGCUUACAACUGAAAUCUUUUCGUCGGGUUUAUAA